UAUUAUUUCCCCGACUAGAGAAUUAGCAAUGCAAACAUUUAGAGUUUUGGUUGAAUUAAUGAAAUACCAUCAUCAUACUUAUGGUUUAAUUAUGGGUGGAACAAAUAGAACCGCUGAAGCACAAAAGCUUUCAAUAGGCAUAAACAUAUUAGUUGCAACACCUGGACGCCUACUAGAUCAUUUACAAAAUACCCCAAAUUUCGUAUUCAAAAAUUUACAAUGUCUUGUAAUUGAUGAAACUGAUAGAAUACUUGAGAUCGGUUUUGAAGAAGAAGUGAAACAAAUUGUUAGAUUACUACCUAAACGCCGACAGACCAUGCUUUUUAGUGCCACACAAACUAAAAAAAUAGAAGCAUUGACUGCUUUAGCAUUAAAAAAUGAGCCUGUGUAUGUUGGUGUUGAUGACCAUAGAGAACAAGCUACUGUGGACUCUUUACAACAAGGAUAUAUUGUUUGUCCAUCUGAAAUGCGAAUAAUGGCUCUUUACACGUUUCUUAAGAAGAAUAUGGAAAAGAAGAUAAUGGUGUUUUUAUCAACAUGUAUGUCUGUGAAGUAUCACCAUGAACUGUUCAACUACAUAGACCUUCCUGUCAUGUCCAUCCAUGGUAGACAACAACAAACAAAGCGAACUACAACAUUCUACGAAUUCUGUAAUGCAAAGAGCGGUAUACUUCUUUGCACAGACGUAGCCGCAAGAGGUUUGGAUAUUCCAGCUGUGGACUGGAUUAUACAGUAUGAUCCACCUGAUGAUCCUAAGGAAUAUAUUCAUAGAGUAGGUAGAACUGCGAGAGGUCUGGGAACUAGUGGUCACGCUCUGUUGUUCUUGCGACCUGAAGAGUUGGGCUUUCUUAGGUACUUAAAACAGUCUAAGGUCACAUUAAAUGAAUUUGAGUUCUCUUGGAAAAAAGUGUCUAAUAUUCAAUUGCAGUUGGAAAAAUUGAUUUCACGACACCAAUUACUGAAUCAAUCAGCUAAAGAUGCAUUCAAGAGUUACCUACGGGCUUAUGAUGCUCAUCACUUGAAAGUUAUAUUUGAUAUUGAAACCCUAGACUUAGCAAAAGCUGCUAAAUCAUUUGGAUUCGCCACACCACCAGCUGUCGAACUGAAGAUCACUAAAGGUUUCAAGCAGAAAAAGAAAAGAGGGGAGAAAAAUAACAUUUAUAAGCAAAAAGGAAACCAUAAAAACUCAUUGAGCUGAAUAUUUUUGUACAAUUCAAUUAUCCAAAUAAACUGCAUAGAUAAAAACUUGUGAAAGUGAUAUGUGUAUUAUAUGUAUGUGUAUGUGUGUAGUGAUACGUGUACAAUAUAUCUGUUAAUAUGUAAUAUUUACAUAAGUGUCGCAAUUAUAGGCUUGUGAUACCCAUGGUGUUACAGGUGUCUAAUCGCUAUGGCUAACAUGUUUAUUGAGCAAAAAUCAUAAA